AUGGCGGACGCUGCAUCAUUCAGAGACAAAGUCUCGAAUCCAGGGGCCCAGAGAAGCAGAAGAAUGGAGUUAUUGCCCCCUAUGAUGUCUGAAAGUGCUACAGAGCUAAGGAUUGUGCUGCUCGGCAAGAAUGGCUCUGAGAAGAGUGCUGUUGGAAACUUCAUCCUGGAAAUAGGGGCAUUUGACCCAAACUAUGUACAAAACCACUGUGAGAGAGCCAGGGGUCAAGUAGACGGAAGAGGCAUAGCUGUGAUCAACACUCCAGACCUGUUAGACCCUCACAUCUCACAUGACAAACUCUCAGAGGAACUGCGUUGGUGUGUCACUCUGUCUGACCCAGGACCUCAUGUGUUCCUGUUGGUCCUGCAGCCUGAGGAGUUCACACAACAAGAGGGAGACAGAAUCAGGCAAAUUCUAGACACCCUCAGUGACCGGUCCUUUGAAUACUCAAUGGUACUGACAACUCAUGAAGACAGGAGGGGACACAUGCAUGAGGAUCUCCCUCUGAAUCAGAUGAUGUUGACAAGAUUGUAA